GGUGCGUGUGUCUAUCUAUUUUGUGUGUGAGUAUUUCUAGUGUGUGUUUGUGCACUCUUUGAUCGACCCAUUAUAUCAAGUUGAGUCUUCACCAUUGUUCUCAAUUAUUGCAACGAGCAAUUUCACCACAUACUAAAAAUUAUUCACAUGGAGUCAAGCUAUAUGGAUACUUUGGACGCCAGCGAUCCUCUUUGCAAAGCUGUAAUGUGGUCAAGAACAAACGAAGCUAUUGAAGAGCAACAACGAUGGCAAGAAGAGAAUGAAGAACCAGACUCACCACUUCCUUCUUCAUCACCAACAACACCAGCAGAAUGGGAUGACUUUUUAUUAUCCAACAUGACGACAAUCUCACCUACUCAGUUUCAUGUUUUGUAUGCAGGUCAUGGUGCUCCUUUAGCAAAACCCAAAGUACGGCAAUCCUUAGCUCUUGCUCUAGCAAAAUACUUCACCACUUUUCAACAGCAACAACAACGAACUCUCAGAUUAAAACGACAGCAACAAGAACAUUUGAUACCAAGUUUACCUCAACAAAAGUACAAUGUAGUGACUUCUGAAACAUUACACACCGAUACUUACGAAGAUAAUGGAUUGGUUAUCUAUGAAACUGAUGCUACGUGGACGUUGCCCUCAUUAUCACUCUUAUUUCCUUUGGAUGGUACAUCUGAUACUUCUGCUGCUGGCGGCGAUGAUGAUUUUACACCUUUUCUUCCUCAAACUCUCUAUACUCAAUUGAUGCCUCAACUUAUUGCUAAUCAUGGCAAAUUAUCUCCUCCUAUCGACCUUGUGAUAUAUUUUUGUAAUCAACAACAUGGACCUUUGGAAAAGGAUUUCAUUGCUCUUCAACAGUUACAACUUCCAGUAUUACCACUUCUUAUCGAUUCUCCAGCACAUAAUAUAUCUUCAGCUAUUCCUGCUCCUUCUUCGGAUCCUGACUAUCCACCAUCACUCUCAUCAUCUUGUUCAUCAACUUCAUCCUCACGACUGGUAACCAUUCCAACUACAAUACCAACAUCUAUAUCUUCUUCAUCAUCAGUAAUAUCAACAUCAUCAUCAUCAUCAUCGUCAAUGGCUCAAUCAACGUUUACAUCAACAAAAGUAAACAUCAAAGAUUCACAAUUACUUCGUAGUAUGUUGGCUCAUUAUUUACAUCAAUAUCAUAUUCACUGUCUCAAUGUGACAGAUAUUCAUCCCGAGUUGCCUGGGUUCAUGUCAAGUCCCUUAUCAAGAUGUCCUAAUGGAAACCCCUCAAGUCUUUGUCAUGUCAUGUCACCCGAAGAAGUGAUGCAUGUGAACCAACUCAAUGGACUAGGUACUGAAGAUGUAUUUCGACUCUUGAUCAAUGUUCGAAAAUAUCAUCAACAAAUGGCAGAAAUAGAACAACAGCGAAAGCAGGAUAAAAUAGGACGAUUUGGAUAUUGGUGGCGACGACUUUUGAUAUUAUGGUUCAUCAUUAUAUUAAGUGGAUGGAUAAUGACUUCAUUUGUUGGAAAUCAAGAAGAACGCGUGACCGAUCAAAAGGCAGAAGAGCAUGACCCAUUGACCCCUCUAUCGGUAAGGUUCAAGAUGAAGGCUGGAUAUGAAUACCCUGAUACAGCGAUGUAUCAUCAUUUAACCCUUAUCCAACAAGAAGGGGAACGGACUGAUGGUGGAAAUGAAGGAGAAAGUAGGGUGAUAGAACAAGCUCGAUUGGAUUGGAAAAAAGGGGGUGCAACCUGGACUUUGGCUAAAACCGAUUGGACAGCUCAUGUACCAUCUCCUUGUAUGAUGGAUUGGGACACGGACAUGAAAUUAGUACUUUCGAUCUACAUGAAUGGACACUGGGAAGAAUCACUUUGGCUUACCCUUGCAUGGACGCCUUGCCAACCACCACCAGAAAAAGAAGAAGAGGAUGAUCGUGAUGAUAGUAGCAACAAUGAGACAAGUCUUAUCAAGUCUGACUUUGCUUUGGCUCCUUACCAUCAAGAUCUUUUGCGGCAAGCUGGAUUACGACUCUUUCAUUGGACAAUGCAAGGCACACACCAUCUCAACCGGAUUAAACAGAUAUUAGUUGAAGGAACACAAAAGAUGAUGAAGAUGAUCAAAUUUAGUUUAUCUAGUUAUAUGAAUCAAUAAAAAAAAAUCACUUUUUUUACUC